AUGGCAGGCAGCAGCGACGUGCUUCUGAGCCGCGAGCUCCUCUCGACCAUCGCAUCCUUCCAGGGCGGCUUGUACCGCGAGGUCCGCCCGAUCCUCCGCGACUGGCGCGCCAAGCGCAUCCACGCCCGCACGAGCUUCCUCGUCGCCGCGCUCGAGCUCGCGAAAGGUCUCCGCCUCCUCCAGCGACUUGUCUUGUGCCAUCCCGAGAUCUUGACGCCGGACGUGCUCGACCACAUUGUGCACCUCGGCCACUUGGACGCGGUCAAGUACCUCACGCUGCACCUCCCGAACCUGCGCUGCUCGCCGAAUGCGCUCAACAUGGCGGUGAGCAGCGGCCACCUCGACCUUGUCACGUAUCUCUACGCCCAAGGCACCAAGAGCUGGACCGAGCACACGCUGGAUCUCGCGGCAGAAAGCGGGCACCUCCCGAUGGUCCGCUACCUCCACGACCAUGGCCUCAGCGCGUCGACGUAUGCGAUGGACUGCGCUGCCGGGCGUGGCUACCUUGACAUUGUUCAGUUCUUGCAUGCCCAUCGAAGCGAAGGGUGCACGACAUCGGCCAUGGACCGCGCGUGCGCGAACGGGCACAUGGACAUCGUUCGCUUCCUGCACACGAACCGGACCGAAGGCUGCACGCGUGACGCGAUGGACAGCGCCGCCGGCAGCGGCCACCUCGACAUGGUGACCUUUCUGCACACUCACCGGUCGGAAGGAUGUACGUCGCGGGCGAUGGACCAAGCGGCUGGGAACGGGCAUUUGCACGUUGUUGCGUAUCUCCAUGCAAACCGCCACGAAGGGGCGACGACGCUGGCGAUCGAUAUGGCGGCCGCGCACGGCCACUUGCAUGUCGUCGCGUUUCUCGUGCAGCACCGGCGCGAGGGCUGGCGAGACGCUAUCUCGUGGGCAGCAAGCAACGGCCACGAUCCCAUUGUCGCGUACCUUGCAUCGAUCUAA